AUGAGCGAUAACACACAUGCGCCGCCGCCACCGAAGCGAUCAAGGAUUGAAGGAGAGAGUCAGAAUGCAGAGAUAACAUCAACUAACUCUACUAAUGCUACUAACCGAUGCGAAAACUCCGUGUUUCUCCUCAAGCCAGUGAUUUCUUCUCAAGCAAUUCAGAUCCAGCCUGAAAUGCUCUCAACGACUGGAAAGUACUUCGUGUUGAAGCGUGUCGUCAAAAGUGUUAAAGAAAUCGAGGAGAAGCGGAUUGUUACAGAAGUAGAAGAACAUUUCGGGUUCCACUGGGUAAUGGUACGAAAACUGGAAGGCGACCGUGUCAGAUUCCUCGUCCACUGCUUUCGAUGGCCGAACACGGAAAACUGGUCGAUCGAAGUUGAUACGAAACUAGUCGUCCGCACAAAUCGGAUCAGAGCAGUCCGUGACGGCUACCAGACAUUAACGACCGAAUUAAUCAUUCUUCCCACUUCGGGACGUUCAUUAUCGAUUGAAUGGGAGGAAUUGAAACAAUACUUGCUUGUGGAUGAAGUGACUGUGGAAAUUCAUGUAAAGAUCAAGAAGACGACGAGAAUUUACAAAGAUAAUCUGAGAAGUUUCGACGACGAGACAAUGAAAGUAUUCUCGGAUGUCGUACUGGUCGUCAAGGACAAGAAAUUCUUCCUUACGAAACAGCUCCUCGCCGUCCAUUCUUCGUACUUCAAGGCGCUUUUCUUGGGACCGAAUCGCGAAUCAAGGAGAACUGAGAUCAAAUUGACAGGAAUCGAUCCGGCCGACAUCCAAAACUAUCUGGAAUUGCUAUGGGGAGACAAUUCGAUCGAUGAGAUCACUAUCGAAGGAAUUCUUCUGGUGGCUGACAAGUACGACACUCCACUGGCCGCUCGAAAAUGCGAACAAUUUCUACUCGAGAAGUUUGAGAAGGAAUUGAAGAAAAAGUUGCAGUUGUCGGUGAAGUAUAAUCUGAAAACACUGAAGAAGCAUUGCCUCAACAAGAUCAAAUCGAUUGCCGAUAUUCGAUCCCUGCUGCCAGUGAAUGUCGGUGAACUGGAUCCAUCGAUUAUGCAGGAACUUUUCAAGAAAUCACUCGCCUUUCACAAUACCCAAUAG